GUCUUAUAAAAACUCGAACUUCUUGGCCAUGUUCUCCACCUUUUCCGCCAAUCUAAAUUCCACUGAUCGCCCCUCGGACCAACCCGCUGCCACCCCGCGUACCAAGCGUAGCCAGGUCGGGCGAGCUUGCGACUGGUGUCGGCUGAGUCGCAUCAAAUGUGACGAUAAACAGCCAUGUCAAAAUUGCCGGAACCAUGGUAGACACUGUAGUAACACUAAAAAGGUUGAAGCUCAUUCACUUCCGGCCGCGAAUAGGGAAAUUCAACGAUUGCGCAACAGGCUCAAAGACAUCCAGGCACAAUUGGAUAAAGUGACCGAUGAUUCGAAAAAGCCUGCGACAGACGCCAAAUCUCCCUUCGGGCAAUCCCCCAAUUCCCUCACCCCCGCCAGUGUCGUCACCCCUGCUGAGCUUCCCGAUUCACCUCGCAAGACAUGGGACGGCUUCCAAAACCCGGAGUCGCGAACCGGCCGCGUAAUUCACUAUGGUCCACAAUCCUCGCCAUACCUAGUGAUCCGCCUCAACCAGUUCCUUUCACAAUCAUCCAACCGGCUGCACCUGAAAUCUCCUCUUCCGGUUCGCAUCUCACAAAUUCAUCGUCAUACCCCUACAGCUUCGCAGGAGCAGCUGUCAGGUAAUAUAGAACAGCCCAGUCUUCGUGUCGGACUGGACGACGUCGAGGACCUGUCUCGGGAGCAAGAAGAGCAUUUUUUGGUUCUCUUGUGGCAGGCCUAUCACUUCAUGUACCCGAUCAUGGCAGAGCAAGAAUUCAGAGAUUACUAUGACUCUCUUUGGACCACAACGAACGGCCAAGCACCACGCCAGCCCUCUGCUCUUGUGGAUAGUUUGUUGGCCGUCUGUAUGCAUUAUGGCAGUAGCUUUAUGACCGAUGACGAUGAUAUAGUGACCGGCGAGACUGAUUCGCAAGCUAAAUACUUCACUAUCGCCGCGCAUAAGUUCUACCGGCGGAGUCAGCGAGUGCUGAUGGAGACACUGGAACACCCUUCAAUAGUUUCACUGCAAAGUCAUAUCUACUGCAUCAUCUACGUGUACAAUAUCGCAAAUCUAGACACUUCUCAUGUGCUGCUUGGUAUGGCUAUCAGAAUCGCUCAAAUGCUGCGCUUGCACAUUCGACCUGUGGGUUCUGUUCCACAAGGAACCCAGCAGUUGCAUUCUCGGAUUUGGUGGACUUUAUACCAGUUGGACAGCCAAAUCUCCAUGACGCUCGGCCGCCCGCCGUUGAUCAACCCCAAUGAGGUUGGCUGUGCACUACCCACCGACACCGGGGAUGCGGUCCACCCGUCAGCCACGGCGUUGGUAUCACCACCGGAAGAAGAGGUCAGCUGGCUAACUUUUCAUUUUGAAUGCAUCCGCCUGACGGCUGCAGCACGCACGGUAUACGCUACAUUUGCUGAGCGAUGCGCCGAGGUGCUACAGACAGAGGAUAUCGAAGAUAUUCAUGAGGAACCACUAACCUUGGAGUUUAUCGCAAGAUCCAUGACUAACGUAACCCGUCCCAUGUACGAAUGGGUGCAGAAUGUACCUCGGUCUCUCAAAAUUGAACGUAAAGGGACCGGAGAGGCAUUCUCAACAGACCGCACAGCACUGAAUCUGAAUCCUUCUAGCCCACUCUGGCUGCAACGUCAGCGGCUUCUGUUGGAACUCAUCUACCAUUACAUGCAAAUCACUUUAUUUCGCCCCUUUCUUCGCUUUCCACCUCGUGGCGCGUCUCUCACCCCAUUGACUGAUGGUCAUGGCAUUACUUCUCUGAAACACGCUGUUAUGGUGACUAAUAUCCUAAGUCAAGCCCUAUCAGACACAGAUCUAUUGCGCGGGUGGGCACCAGCCUUCCAAUACCAAUGGGAUGCUGCCAUCUGCAUACUAUCAUUCAUUGUAGCAAAUCCAGUCUGUCCGCCUACUCCAGCUGCGAAGAAAAUCAUGCCAACGGCUUUACGGAACCUGGAUACUCUUGCCCAAUGCUUGACUACUCCAUUCGUGAACACCGUUCAGCUUGCCUGGGAGCAGUUUCGAUCCAAUUCGACCCAGCGGGGUUGGCCUCAGCUCACUCCUCCGAGCCAGAGCGCAUCAGACACGCACAUAUCCCCAUCAUCAACUCCAUCUUCCGCUAGUAUUAGCACAACUGGAGUUCCCAAUACCAUACAGAGCUUGGCUGGCACUACCCCACAGCCAACCAAUCUGUUUACUGGCUUGCUUCCAAAUGAGGACAUGAUCAUGGGUAAUGACUUCUUCAAACCUAUCCACAAUACUCCCCCGCUGGAUCUUAUGGACCCGUCUUUCGAUAUGAACACAGAAAUUUCGAUAGGAGAUAGUGCCCAAUGGAUGUCAAAUAGUACUCCAUUAGACUCUUGGGAAAGUUUUGGAUCUCAGUGA